CACAUUUGAAGUUCUCUCUCUCUCUCUCUCUUUCUCUCUCUCUCUCUCUCUCUCUCAGAGACACAGAACACUUUUCUGUCUUGUUCGAAUUAUUCAGUCCGUUACUUCCAUUUCUUAGCAAAACAAAGAAAAAUACACUCCGCCAUACCUAUGGAAAGGUCGAAGAGUUUGCCGCUCCAGCCUCCAACUUAUGGAAACCUCAUUACCAUUCUUAGUAUCGACGGUGGAGGGAUACGUGGGCUUAUUCCCGGAACAAUUCUUGCCUUCUUAGAGUCUGAGCUUCAGAAACUAGAUGGUGAAGGCGCACGACUCGCAGAUUAUUUUGAUGUUAUGGCCGGAACAAGCACAGGUGGUCUCGUCACUGCCAUGUUAACUAGCCCCGAUGAAAACAACCGUCCCUUAUUUGCUGCCAAAGAUAUAAAGGAUUUCUAUCUUAAUAAUUGCCCUAAAAUCUUUCCUCAAGACAGUUGCCCAUUUGCUCCUGCUACGAACAUGAUUAAGGCGGUGACUGGACCGAAAUAUGAUGGAAAAUACCUUCAUAAGCUCGUCAAAGAGAAACUCGGAAACACAAGAUUGCACCAAACAUUGACGAAUGUGGUGAUCCCGACGUUCGACAUCAAGCGUCUUCAGCCAACCAUCUUUUCUAGCUACGAGGUGAAGAAAAAGCCAAGCAUAGAUGCCUUGCUCUCGGACAUAUGCAUCUCAACCUCUGCAGCCCCAACUUAUCUCCCAGCUCAUUAUUUUGAAACCCAGGAUUCUACAGAAAAAGUGAGAGAAUUCCACCUCAUAGAUGGCGGCGUGGCCGCAAACAAUCCGACGUUGGUCGCAAUUGGAGAAGUGACAAAGGAGAUCAUGGGAGGAAGCUCGGAUUUCUUCCCUAUAAAGCCAAUGGACUAUAGAAGGUUUCUUGUGAUAUCACUUGGGACCGGUUCCGCAAAAGUUGAGGGGAGGUAUGAUGCAAGCGAAGCGGCCAAAUGGGGAGUGUUGGGCUGGUUAAGCAGCAAUGGUGGAAGCCCGUUGAUGGAUGUGUUCAUGCAAGCGAGCGCAGAUAUGGUCGACUUCCACCUCUCUGCAGUCUUCCAAGCCUUACAUCUUGAGGCCAACUAUCUCAGGAUUCAGGAUGAUAUGCUAAGCGGCGCAGUAGCUUCAGUCGAUAUUGCGACGAAGAAAAAUUUGAACGACCUAGUCAGAACCGGUGAAGCGUUGUUGAAGAAGCCAGUUUCAAGGGUGAAUUUGGAGACCGGAGGAUACGAAGCCUGUAAUCCAGAGACUAAUGAAGAGGCACUUAAAAGGUUUGCGAAACUACUCUCUAAUGAGAGACAUCUUCGUCUUGCGAGGUCGCCUCAUGGACAUAAUUCCACAAAUUGGAAAAAAACCCUAGACAUGGAAUGCCACAAUUUGUACAAACAACAAACUGCAGUUCUUGAAGAUUGAUUCUUAGGGGACAAGUCAUCCAUUCUUUGAUUAUUUUCAUUCUUUCCACUCUUCCAGAAUAAAUUCCAAGCUCCAAAUUGCUGCGUUGGAUGUAAUCUUAUAAUCUAAUUCUUCCUGAUUAUUGUUUUGUAUGUUUUAUUUAUUGCUAGUUUGGGCUUGUAAAACAUGAUGGAAUUGUGAAUAAAAAUCUCAUUUACCUUA